UAUGAAAUCAUAAUUACACUAUCACAAUGGACAAGAAAUUCGGGCUGAUUCUCCUCCUUCUCGCUGGUGCUGAUGCCCAACUGUUUUCCAUUUUAUCAACCACUGCAGAAGUUGUUUCGUUUGCAUUAGAUGUGUAUGAUAUAUUUGAUGGACCAAAACAGACGACGAGCUCCGUGAGCUACGACAAAAUAGUUAAAACUAUUUCAGAGCGGAUUGAGAUGUCUACGGAAAAAAUUACUUUCAAAGUGGAGCUUGAAGCUCACCUGACAGAACUGCGUACUGCAUCGUACGCAAUACAACAGCUUCUAAAGGAUAUGGAACAUAUUGCAAAAACAAACAACGAAACGAAAAGACAAAUAUAUAAAACAAGAUUCCAUCAAGAUUUUGAAAGAAAGAAAAGUGACAUUUAUACAAUAAAGUCAUUACUAACAUUUACAACUGACGUGUCCGGAAUAUCGAACACUCUAUUAUCUCUUAUUGUGGAUGGAUUUGAUUGCGGAAUGACGAGCAUUGAACACUUUCAAACAUACUACAUGACGUUGGUCUCAAACGCAGCGGCACUGGAUAUGUUGAAUGAAAAACUGAGUGACAAUGAUCUGCACGAUGAUGCCUUGAAAGAAUGGCAGGCAUCGGCCACAACAUUGUUUGAUAAAUUCCAAAAGGAAAAAGAUAAUUGCAAGUCUCAAUUCAUGAAACUUGUAAAAUCAGAUUUUGAUCAGAUUGAACAUGGCAAAGAGCUUUUCAAUAAUAACCAACGAAGGUAUUCUUAUACGACCAAUGAUGUUCUAUUUCUUACCGAAAGUUACUGUGCAAGAAGCUUGAAGAAAUAUGAUCAAGUAUUGAAGAAAAACAUCGGCAAUGACUUAAUAUUUGCAAUUUUUCAGAGUGAAGAACUUAACGUAGCAGUUGAUAAAGAACAAUUCAAAAAGCUUAUUUUAAAGACCAAAUUUGAUGACUGUAUAAAAGACACCGGCGAUGUGAUAAAUAUGUUUGAUCUUCUUGGGUACGAUUUAGUGGUGUCAGUUAUGUUCCCCGAGGGCCAGGCAGAAAUCUUUCUGGAUAAGGAUUCAUCGUCAAAGUCGAUAACUACUUCAAAAUACAAGACGAUAGUUUAUUUACGGGUGCAAGAGCAAGGCGUGAACGGUACACUCACAGCAGAGGACUUCGAUGUAGAUUUUUAUGUGGCCCCUGUGCCGACCGAGGAACCAUUUACACUGUUUGGACUCGAGAUCUGGAAAUUGGGUGCUAUAGGGGGCUCAAUAAUUGUGUUUUUGAUUCUAUUAUGUCUGAUUUGUUGUAUGCGGGGUCGUUGUCGUCGUCCUUGUAAGUCGGAUGAUUAUUGAGUUUCAGUAAACAACCUGCAUCAGCUGAAGAAUGUGUUUCUGUAUUAAAGAUAUGACGAUUAAUGUAUUAGCGAGGAGAUGGGCCAGAACUUGUGAUGUUGAUUAUUGUUUUAAUGAUUAUCAAACUUUGUUGUUAUUAAUCAUUUAUGAUCACGGAAUAAUGGAAGUAAUUUGUGCUAAUGAUACUCUUUGCUUGUCGUCCUUUUACCGAUUUUAUACCUUAAUUAUCCAAUUAUUUUACUAUAUAAAUAGUUAGUAUGGCGAUACAACGACGAACGUUGUUAUGCCCCCCGUUGGACGUCCCCGCCGAAUGUCGCCCUACAAAACAUCGCCCCGCCGAACGUUCGGCGGGACGACGUUUGUCGGUGCGAAGUGUUUGUCUUGAAGCCAUAACGACGUAUUUGUUGUGUCACUAUGACAGAACGAAAUAACGAAAUGCCACAAAUCAGUCAGUCGGAAAGCGAAAACACCCAUAUAUUCUCAAUUAAGAUAUUAUAUAUCACACCUUAUCCCUUUUCCAAUGCGAGCGUGGAUCUUCCCCUCACAAAGAUACAAUAUUCUCCCGUAAUGUGUUGUAGAAGUCAACACUAUAGACGUGUUGUGCUCAGUUGUUAGACAAACGACAAUCUGAUAAAUUCGGCCGGAAAUACCCAAUGUUUCAUGAUUUAGACAAAAAAUCAUGAAAUUGCUAACCAUGUAAUAUGCCAUAUAAGGUGAUGCUAUAGUAGCAAAUAAUAUGAAACAGACUUAAAAGUUAAAAAACUGUGGCAUACAUUCAAUGAAAAAGAAGGAUGUAAAAUGUUUUGUAUGUUAAAGAAAAAUAUUCAAAUGUGAUUAUGAAAGACAAUAUCCAUUAUUAUAAUAAUAAUUCCUUCAUG